AUGCUUGUUGAUAGUGCAUUGAUUGAACUAAAAACAGCACCUGCUGAUUUUCGUUUUCCUACAACAAAUCAAACCAGACAUUGUUUCACUCGCUACAUAGAAUUUCAUAGAUGCUUGGUUGCAAAGGGUGAUGACUCAGGUGAAUGUGAGAAAUUUGCUAAAUAUUACCGCUCGCUUUGCCCGGGUGAAUGGGUUGAAAGGUGGAAUGAACAGAGGGAGAAUGGGACUUUCCCUGGACCUAUUUGA